AUGAAGGUUAAAUCUGAUCAGGAUGUCAUUGAAAUUGGAGAGGGACACGUGAGUAGUAGUGGCACAAGUACAAGAGGUGGUGUGGUUAGUAACCUUGGAAAUAGAUUGGUAGUAUCUGAUGAUUUAUUUAGCAAUGUGGAUGACUACAAUGAUGUUGAUUGGACUGAGUUAGGGGAUUUUGAAUUUAGUGAAGCAGAUGCUAAUGAAGAAAAUGCUUAUAUCAUUAGUGAUGAGGAUAAUGAGGACACUUCAGAUAAUAAUGAGGGUAGCAAUGGGUUAGAUAAACCAAUUGAGGCUAAUGAUGAGGGGAUAUCAGACUAUGAAUCUAAUGAUAUAGGAGGGAAUUAUUCGACUGAUGAAGAAGAUGUGCAAGGUGUUAAUGUUGACAGAUAUAUGAGGGAGAAAAUGUUUGAAAUAAAGGAAGGAGAGAAAAUAACAUUAGAGAAGGGAAUGAUAUUUGAUGAUGUGUAUCACUUCAAGACUGUGCUCCAGGAAUUUGCAAUUGAGAGAGGUGUUAAAUUGAUUAAAAUAAAAAAUGACAAGAAAAGAGUGACUUGCAUAUGUGCUUCCUCGAUGUGUGAAUGGAGAAUUCAUGCUUCUCCAUUACCUGUUGGGGUGACAUAUAAGAUUAAGACAUUGGGCCUCGACCAUACAUGCGUUAGAGUAGAAAGGAAUACUGAAGCAACAUCAUCUUGGAUUGCUAAGAAGUUUGAAAAAACUCUUAGAGGGAAUCAUGGGAUCACUCUAGAGGCAAUGCAUGAUGAAAUGGUAGAAAAUUAUAGAUUGGAGACUACAAGGAUGCAACUGUACAGAGGAAAGAGGAAAGCCAUGGAGGCAAUUGAGGGUAAUCAUGCAGAGGCUUACACCAAACUUCCAAUGUAUGCUGCAGAACUGUUGAGGACCAAUCCUGGUAGUUUGGUCAAAAUUGAAAGGGAAAGAAAGCCACCAUCUAAGCCAAACUUGCCUCCUCCCUUACCAACAUUCAAAAGAAUUUUUCUUUCAUUUGCAGCCAUACAACAUGGCUUUAAAGAAGGUUGCAGACCUUUCAUAGCUGUGGAUGGGUGUCAUUUGAAGGGACCAUUUGGGGGCAUAUUGUUGGCUGCAGUUGGUCUUGAUGGAAAUAAUGGUCUUUAUCCUAUUGUAAUUGGUGUGGUGGAGAGUGAAUGUAAGGAUAGUUGGGCCUUUUUCCUUUACCACUUGAACACCAUUUUUGGUAAUGGCCCCCAAAACAUGCCAUUGACAAUCAUGUCUGAUGGUCAAAAGGGCAUUGAGCCAGCCAUGAGACAAAUGUUGGAGUUAUCUUCUGAAGCACAUAGCUGGCUUUCUAAAUUUCCAGUUGAAAUAUGGGAAAGACACACAUUUGAUCAUAGGGUGAAGAGUGAACAUGUUACUAGCAAUAUGGUUGAGUCAUUUAAUAAUUGGAUUGGUAAUGUUAGGGGUAAACCUAUCUUGACAUUGUUGGAAAAUAUCAGAUUGAAACUGAUGAACAAGUUACAUAAGAGGUUUGAAGAGGCAGCUUCAUGGCAAUCUUUGGUAACCCCUAACAUUAAGAAGAAAUUGGAGGAAGUGGUUCUUCAAUCUAGACUUCAUAAAGUGACUUUUGCAGGACAAGAAGAGUAUCAAGUGGCUGAAGGUGUGGUGUCUUAUAUUGUAAACCUACAAAGAAGGUCAUGUUGUUGCAGGAUAUGGGACAUAAGUGGAGUCCCUUGCAAGCAUGCAACAGCUUGCAUUACUCAUAAGAGGAUAAACUUGGAGACCUAUUGUGACACAAUGUACUACAAACACAUUUAUUUUAAGGUGUAUGGCGAAAUUAUACAUCCAAUGCAUGAUGAGAGUUUAUGGGGUCCAGUUCUUGGAGAUGAGUUGAAGCCUCCACCUCUUAAGAGGAUGCCUGGAAGACCUAGAAAAAGUAGGAGAAGAGAAGUUGAUGAGGCUGCACCAUCAAAAAGAUCAUGCACUGUGAAGUGCAUCAUUUGCAAAGGGAUUGGGCACAAUAAAAGGACAUGCCAGAGGGCACCUAUUAGGGGUAGGGAAAUGGGAACAAAUGAGUCUGCUCAGAGAGGAAUUGGUACUGUUGUUGAAAGGAGCACUAUUGGAAGGUUCACAGCUACUAAGAGGAGCACUGUUGAUGAUCAAGGACAAGAUGGGGUCCUGCCAACUCAGUGGAGCAUGACUUGA